ACAAAAAGUGAUCGCCCUUCACCGAUUACGCUAGAGUAUAUAAGCCUCAUUUAUCUAUUUGUCCUAUCAUUCGUGAAAGCGAUCAAGCAAGUCAACAUGAAGCUGUUCAUCGUCGCCGUCCUCAUCGCCGCUGCUGCUGCAGCUCCGUCCAGCUACCCCUCGUACGAAAAGAAGUACGAGAAGGACUACAAAUACCCCGAGAUCACCAUCACCAGCCAAUCUGAUGAGCGCAACCUCGAUGGCAGCAGCCAAUGGAGCUACGCCCAGUCUGACUACACCACCCGCGAGGAAUCUCAGGUCCAGAAGAAAAUGCAAGGAGUCAAGUACGAUUCUUACGGCAAAGCCACCUACGAGGAUGUUAUGGGCAACACCAACAAGGGAUCUUCCUACUGGGUUUCUCCCGAAGGCGAGAAGUUCACUUUGACCUGGGUUGCCGAUGAUGCCGGUUUCCAGCCAAAGGGUGACCACUUGCCCGUCGCUCCCGUCCACGUCUACGAGCUCCCAGUUGCCCCAGUCCAUGAAUACGAACUCCCCGUUGCCCCCGUCCACGAAUACGAACUUCCCGUUGCCCCCGCCCUCCCCUACAAACGCACUGGAGCUGGAUACUAAAUGAUUUAAAUGCCAUUGUGGCUCAUGUGCUAAUAUGAGCUGCCCUAUGUCAACUUAAAUUAAUUUAUUCUAAAUACAAACAACUUUUCUUUA